AUGGCAUCGCUACCCAUUUCGGAUUUCUGUUAUUUCAGACCACCACUAUUUCCCUCUGAACAGUCAGCUUCGGAAUUUCUAGCUGUGUUGGAUGGUGGCUUUCUCCUGGCCUAUUCAUUUGGUCUGUUUGGAGGUGGUAUGCUAGGAGAUCGUUAUAAUCCUCGUGUUGUUUUAUCUGUUGGGAUGUGGCUUUCAGCAAUUGCGAUCUGUAUAGUAGGUAACUGGUUUGGAACCAGCUCUCGUGGCGCUGUAAUGGGGUUAUGGUCAGCUUGUGCAAGUGUAGGAAAUAUCAUCGGCACUGUGAUAUCAUCAAAGCUUGUUCUUAUGGGAUAUCAGUACGCGUUUGCGGCAAACUCUUUGUUGCUCUUCAUGUUUGGUUUCAUUGUCCAUUUCAACCUAAAGUCUGCUCCAAGAGAAGUCGGUCUACCCGAUCCUAUUGAGUCACCUGAUGAGUUGGUACGGGUGAUAGAAGAACCUACCCAACGCCCGCAGCCUAUCAGUUUUACGCGGGCUUGUCUUCUUCCUGGUGUAUUAGCAUAUUCACUGGCUUAUGCUUGUUUGAAACUUGUUAACUACGGUUUCUUCUUUUGGCUCCCGUUCUAUCUGCAUUCACAUUUUCGCUGGGCUGAAGCUGAUGCCGACAAGCUCUCAGCUUGGUACGAUGUUGGAGGGAUUGUCGCAGCUAUACUUGCUGGAGCUGCUUCUGUGAGAACUUCAUUUUCUUCUUCAAUAAAAUCUACUCCAUCUUACGUUAUUAAUGGGCUUUUGCUUGCUAUAAUUGGUUUCUUCAUUGGUGGACCGGCGAACAUGAUUUCCAGCUCGGUUUCUGCCGAUCUAGGGAAAUCCAGAGAACUACGAGGAAAUACCGAAGCCCUUUCUACAGUCACUGGUAUUGUAGACGAGUCCUUUAUUUUAUCUCCAGGAACCGGAAGCUUCGGUGCUGCUCUUGGUCAGCUUCUAAUUCCGUCAGUUCAAGCCAUUUUUGGUUGGGGGGCUGUCUUUUAUGGGUUUAUAGCGAUGAUCGUUUGCACUGCGGCCUGCUUGGUUCCAUUGCUAUAUCGCGAGAUUCUGUUGAGACGAAGGAACACAUACACGAGUCUAAGUUCUGAUUCGGAAGACGAGAGCGAAGAUGUUAUAUUUGCAGAAGAUGAAGGCGUAAGGCGUAGGGUUGUUGCUGGAGACGAUGCGGAGUAA